CAAUCCCCGUUUUCCGGGUGGAGGGGAGCGGCGCGGCUCUGCUUACCUGUGCCCGACCCCGGCUCACCUGGACCCGGCUCACCUGUGCCCGACUCACCUGGAACCGGCUCACCUGUGCCCGACCCCGGCUCACCUGGACCCGGCUCACCUGUGCCCGACCCCGGCUCACCUGGACCCGGCUCACCUGUGCCCGACCCCGGCUCACCUGGACCCGGCUCACCUGUCCUCCCUCCCUCGCUGUCGGGGCGAAGCUCCCGCGGCCGCUGCUCUCGGCGCAAUGAGCGGCGCCGCGCUCCUCUACCUGCUGGCCGCACUUACAUCCUUGAAUGCAAUGAUGGUCAACGUGAAGGUCCCGCACAUGGAAAUAGCUCGAGGAGAUGCUUUACAUUUACAAUGUACCUAUCAAACCACCGCACCAACUAAAAACAAUCUUAACAUUGAAUGGAUUCUAGUCGAAGAAGUACCGAGUGAAAUGGAACCAACGAUCGAUGUAAUCCAGUACUUCUACGACGGAUUAUACAGCGUUGGAAAAAACUACAAGGGCAGAGUAAACUUUACAGGAGAUGCCAACGGGGAAGAUUGUUCAAUAGCGAUCCAGAAUGCGCAGAUAACUGACACUGGAACCUACGUGGUAGAAGUUACAACACCUUAUGACUUGGUUGGUACGCGGAAAGAAACAGUGGAUGUGACUGUAUUGGUUCCUCCAACGCCGCCCAUUUGCAAAAUAGAGGGCAAAGCAGAAUAUGGGGAGACUGUCAAACUGAUGUGCCACUCGGAGGAAGGGUCGCCUGCCCCAGUGUACUCCUGGCAAAACUACAGCCCCAUGAAUCAGCCACGGGAACUGCCUCAAAUGUCCAUUCAGGAGGCAGAUGGUUUAAUAUUAAAAAAUAUUUCAGCCAAGACAUCUGGCUUCUUCAUUUGUACCUCGAAAAAUAAGAUCAGAGCUGCGACCUGCAAUAUCACCUUAGCAGUAAUGCCACCAUCCAUGAGCAUUGGAUUUUAUGGUGGAAUUAUUGGGGGCGCGGUGGGUGUGCUGAUUAUCCUUGGCAUCAUCGUUUACUGCUGCUGUUGCCGAGGUGAAGAAAAAUUACCCGAAGACUAUGAAAUGGAGGAUCCACGCUAUGAGGAUGAGGAGCCAGCGGAGAGAGAUCCCAAAAGGGAUGAUAAUGCGAGAACCUACCGUGAGGAUGAUCCAAACGAGAAUGCUGGCAGGAACUCUCCACGUACCACCGUCAGACAGCCACUGGUGCCACCCAAUAAACCCACAUACGUCCCAGAUGACAAUGAAGUGUAAAAACUAAGGCUGUUCUUCAAUUAUCUUUAGUUCAACGGGUGACAUAAUUUGUGUCGUGAAAUUUCAAAUCAAUUGAGUUAUGGGGUGGCUUCAGUUAAUACUAAGGCGAUUACAUUUAAGUAGGAGAGCCAUUUUAAAAAUAUAUUCUUUUGUAUAGGUUUUGCCAUUGGCAUCCAAAUACUGCUUCAGAUUUUGAUUUAUUCUUAAAAGUGCAGCAUUUACUUUUAGCAUGUUGAAUCCAGCAGCAUAUCCUGCUAUUUCUAAAUAUGCAUCGCUUUCCUGUUUAAAAAAUAUCCAAAUGUUGCCUGUUGAAUAUUUUUACGCAAUAUUAAUUAUUCAUGUUUUAUGAUCCUCUAAGUCAAAGAUAUCAUUCCUUUCGAGUUUGGUUGUUAAAGGCUUCUUUUUAUUGAUGAUAUGUGGGGCUCACAAAAGUUCAAAGAAAUGCUUUGAGUUUUAGUCCGAUGAAAGCAGAACAGAAAAUGUGUUCCAAACCAGUCAGUGGUCAGAUAGGAGAAACUCAGCGAGUGAAACCACCACCCCCCCCCCCCCCCCCCCCCCCCCCCCCGAGAUCACUCGGUGAUUGACAAAGGAAUAAAGGUUGAUGCGAGGGUGCAGCACUUUAAGUAGUGCCUGCCACCAGAUAUGGCUUCAAAAAGGGACUGGAUAAAAGAAUG